GGAGCCAUAUCUUUUCCCUAUCCGCCUUCUCUUCGCUUGCCUUCUCCUCUAUUUGUCAAAACAGGACUCGAAAUUGGCAAAUUGACGAGGCAGAUCGCUCUUACCAAACCCUAAUUAACUGCCAAAUAUCGACGUUCGAAUUUGACUUCUCCAAACUCAAGAGGCAAAUCGUUGGCACGGAACCCCAAUUCGGUGCCAAAUAUUGAUAAUCGAGUUUCUUCUCUUUUCCUAACAGAUCGUGACGUUGUUCUUAACGAUCCAGCACGGAUUCAUCAGGUUCCUUCACUCUUCCUUUUAAGGAUAAAUAAAUAGGAGCCAUGUCUCGUGCCAAGACUUAUCAUUCUCAAGCUGGUUCUUUCCGUGGCUUAUGUAGGUCAUAUUUCAAUAGAAACCACUCUACUGUGACUGCUGCCAGUGAUUUUAACAACUAUAAUGGCAGCAACUAUAAUGAUUUCCAUCGCAAUCCCAGGAAAUUUGAGUAUAACUAUAAUCUUAAUUAUGUAAAGCAUUAUGGUGGACCUUCUUUGAAAAGGAGAAAGUUUUCAGCUUCUACUUGGGAAGAGAGUGGGAGACAUUAUCAACCUGAACCAUCUCAUAGUGGCCCCUCAACAUGUGGCAAUGAUUUAGUCUGUCUUGACCCUUCAAGACCAGAUGCCAAUGCCUACAUUUCUAGUUCCAGUAAACGUGACCGCUCAAAGUUUGAAGAUGAUGAUGUUAUCUUUAUGUCAAGAGAUGAGAUUGAGAGAUGCUCUCCAUCAAGGAAAGAUGGCAUUGAUGUGUUGCAUGAAACAAAAUUGCGGUAUUCAUAUUGUGCUUUCCUUCAGGACCUUGGAUUGAGAUUGAAUUUGCCACAAACUACUAUUGGCACUGCAAUGGUUUUGUGCCACCGCUUUUUUGUUCGAAGGUCACAUGCUUGCCACAAUAGAUUUUUGAUUGCUACGGCUGCCCUUUUUCUAGCCGCAAAAUCUGAGGAGACACUGCAGCCUUUAAACGACGUGUUGAGAGCAUCAUGUGAAAUUUUCCAUAACCAGGAGCUCACUUACCUGUCCUUUAUGCUAUCUGUUAAUUGGUCUGAGCAUUAUCGAGAACGGGUGAUUGAAGCUGAGCAAUUGAUAUUGACAACUCUAGAUUUUGAGCUCAACGUUCAGCAUCCAUACGCUCCGCUUACAUCCAUUCUUGGCAAAUUAGGCUUUUCAAAAUCAAUUUUGGUGACUGUGGCACUGAAUUUCAUCAGUGAAGGGCUUCGGAGCUCCCUAUGGCUUCAAUUUAAACCACAUCAAAUUGCUGCUGGAGCUGCGUAUCUAGCUGCCAAAUAUUUAAACAUGGAUCUUGCUUCAUUCCAAAACAUCUGGACGGAGUUUGAAACACCACCAUCUAUUCUUGAAGAUGUAGCACGGCAGCUGGAGGAGCUAUUUUAGAGAAUAUGAAAAAAGAUGACUGUUUGAGCUAUUUAUCCAUCUCGGUUUCUUGGCAUAACGUUGCGGAUAUAUAUGUACACAUAUGUACUAGUUCAUUGUUCCAUCGAGUUAAUGUCUACAGAUGAUUAAUGCAUUCCCAGAGUUUUUAAGGCUGAUAAUUAUCAGAAGGCCUAGAAUAGGUAAUGUUGGUGUCCUAUCUUUACAAUUCAACGGCGAUGUAAGUUCAGAGACUAAGACCAAAGGAGCCUGUUACUUGAAUGAUGUCGACAGUUUUUAGAUUUCUAUUGAAGAAUCAUUAAAUUUUA